GUAUGUGGAUAAUAAACCUUGAGUAACAAUAUCUUCAAUGUUGCGUGUGAUGCCACUUUUUUAAAAGUGACUUCCGUGAAUACAUUCAAAAUCGGGAAGUUUUAUAUGGAGUUGAUGGAGUCAUCCCAAACUCUCCAUCCUAUAUUUCUUCGUGUCUCGUUACACAAGACCAGGAUACUUCGCAAUUUGCUUCCGCGCAUGGUCAAACCUGGUCAUCAUAGACGCGACACUGCUAUGAGGUUACUGAUUGUAUCCGUUACACCAAAUAACUUAUCUUCCAUCUAAUAAUAGUCACAUUGCGCCUAAUGCACCGUCAAUAUACGCGCCCUUUGGUUCGCUGCGCCAGUAUCGCCGUGAAGGCGACAGGUUCGAGAAAUUUCGUCGGGACGACGCACCACUGUGUUCGGCAGGCCGUUGCGGUGUUUCACCAACCCUCAUUUGGGUGCUAUCAGGGACGGCGAAAAUUUUUAAACUCAGCAGUCAUGGCUACCUCCGCUCAAUUCUCAGCUGGUGUUGACGAGACGGCCCUGACACGGAGCCUGGAACCUCUGCUGGCGUCAGCAGGACGCGGCGGGCGGUGGGCGUUAAUACCCGGAGGCGAGGGUCUGGAGAGAAAUUUCAAGUUCAAGACGUUCGCGAAGACGUGGGACUUUAUGACCGCUGUAUCACUGCAAUGCAAACUCAAGAACCACCACCCAGAAUGGUCCAACGUUUAUAAUACAACGUAUAUCCGGUGGACAACGCAUAACCCGAAAGGCCUGUCCGCUAAAGACGUCGAGUUGGCCGCAAUCUGCGACGGUCUUGCCAGGGACUUCGGCGAGAUUAUCGAGGAGCCUGCGGGCGCCGAUGCUUGCGGCCUGAAACAGGUGGCUGAUCGCGCAGUAAGCAGCGCUGGCGAUUGUUGCACUCCGAAAAAGUGAAGAAUGCAGGAAGAUCGUGCGGCGCUAGUCAUCCAUGCCAUGCCGAAAGUACCUUUCAGAUCCCCCGGCCGAUCUGAAUCUGUUCACAUAGGCCGCUGUGAUCAAGCUGCAGGUCGGUCCGUUCAGGCGGAGAGCCUGCCUACAGGUAUACAUGGUUUAGAUGAGCACACCGGACUACUUUGCUAUCUUCUAGUCCGCCAGGAGUUUCGGUACAAAAGGCCCUUGCUUCUCAAUAAUUUGAGACAACAUUCCACGCAGAUCAUGUUUUAAGCAUUCUAUUACGAUUGGCCACUCUUUCUUGGAGCCAUUUCAGAC